AUGUCAGAAUACUUGGAUGAUCGUAAAACUGAAAACGUAUUGUUAAAGUCAAUGCAGAAACAUAUUAUAGACACGUAUCAAGCAUUAUAUGAAAUAAUGCAAAAUGAAAAUUUUGAAUUUAGACAAAUUUCCUAA